AUGAACAAGUCUGAAAUGGUUGGAAAUGAAAAUUACGAAGCAACAACUUCUAAUGGUAUGAGUGAUGACAUGAUCAAGUCUGACAGCGCUGAAAAUGAGGUUUGCGAAACAACAUUUUGUAAGAGUGUGAGUGAUGACGUGGACAAGUCUGAUAGCGCUAAUGAAUGUGAGGUUCGCGAAACAACAACUUCUAAGAGUGCGAGUGAUGACAUGAACAAGUCUGGCAGCGCUAAUGAAUAUGAGGUUUUCGAAACAGCAACUUCUAAUGAGAGUGUGAGUGAUAACGUGGACAAGUCUGAUAGCGCUAAUGAAUGUGAGGUUCGCGAAACAACAACCUCUAAGAGUGCGAGUGAUGACAUGAACAAGUCUGGCAGCGCUUAUGAAAAUGCGAUUUUCGCUGAGAGUGGCCCAACCAUCUGUUUUGGCAACACUGACUCGUGUCCCAACGGAGGGGAUUGCACAAGUCCUGACCACUGCAGCACCUGUAACCGAGGCUUCUUCUCUCCACGAUGCGAUCGGUGUGCAACCAUCGCGAACUGCCCUGAGGUAUUCUGUAGCACUUCCUCGGACCAGAGAUGUGAUCGAUGUGAUGGUGAUUAUGGGUCAGCGCUGGGAUCAGCGUACAAGAAGAGUGCUGAUAUGAGACGAUGCAUUAAGCAAUGUUCAUGGAGGAGUGACAGCAAUGCCUGCUACCCAGGAUCCUGCACAAAUUCCCAGUGCACAUGCAGCAGUGGAUUCUCAGGCACUGACUGCAGAACAAUGGGUAUCAGUCAAGCACCAGUCAUAUCCGAGCACCAUGCCACCCUGAUCAAUGGGACGACAACUCAAGAAUCCCUUACAGACACUGUCUACACCAACGCACGAGACUUUGUGGGAUUGAGGAUCAACUGGACAAGUUCUUACCAGCCUACUGGUCUACCAGACCCUAGUGGCGGUGGACAUCCAUACAUCCAAAGCAUUAGAGUGAGAUAUGAUGCAUCUUCAACAAGUGGCGGCUACAUGAAACUCUAUGACAGGGACCAUUUAAGCAGAAUCAUCACACGCUACUUCAGUGGCAGGACAACCACUGCCUCUUCAAAUUUCACCUUUGACUUUGUAGACCCUUACCACUGUGUGGCUGAUGGCAGAGCAUGCCGUAGGACCAUGCUGGAUACACAGAAUGAUGUUACCACACAGGAACGAAUCUCUGUAUCUUGGCAAGGCUGGACAGACGAUCUCGCUGGCAUAAAAGAAUACGAACUUCAAGUGCGACAGCUGUCUGGUAGCCAUGGUAACAAGCUGACAGAAAUUUUUGACAGUCCCGCCGCUUAUUCCGGAGUAGCACGAUCCGGUCAAAAUGUCACUUUGCCUCAUCCUGGCGUUUAUUCUGUCGUCCUCAGUGUUGUCGACAAUGCCGGCAAUGUCAAACAGAGCAGACGCUUCGUGUUCUUUGACGACGAUCCAGACGACAUAACCAUUCAGAGUAAUUUCUCCCUGUGCGUGGUCUCGGCGACUGAAGAAACCGACUUCGUGUGGUUGACCAAUCUAGACCCCAGCAAAGGGGCGACAUCCGUGCAGCUUGAUUGGACAGGGCAUUUCGUCAAUGAACGUCAUCUCAACCAAGGAUGGUUGAAGCCCAUUGGGUCCUAUGUUGGUGGUACCAUUGAUUCUGAUUAUGAUCAGCACUUUGGGAAGCGUGGCCGUGCAGCCGUCCCUAAUGCCCUCGGUGUAACCAAAUUCCGCGUCUUAUACGACAUCGACCACAGUGGUGGAAGGAACCCCGUCAACGUGAGUGAUGACAACUCGGACAACUGGAGUAGUGAAGGCACAAACACACAGGCCAACUAUAACCUGACCCUAGUGGAUGGCGAUUCCAUUCGGUUCUGGGUGGAGGCCAGGGACCUAGCCGGUCACUUUGUGAGAGACAGUGUGUUGGUUCACGCUGAUUCAUCUCCGCCAGUCAUUGAAGACUUGUUGUCAGUACCAAAAUUGGCGGCCAUAAGUGUGGAAUGGAGGACUUACGACAUUCACAGCGGAGUAAGGACCAUCGAGUGGCUUCUCUUUGACAACCACACUGGCACCGAGAUGGAACAUGGCAGCCAGACAGUACCGUCUAAGAAAGUCAAUACGGACGUUGAGGACUGUGAUGCUGACAGGUGCUUGUGUAUCCCUAUCGGCGACUGUUAUGAUGCGGACUACGGGAUCCGCAUAGAUGCAUCCAACACUGAUGGCAACUUUGACUACUUCCUCACGUUGACUGUCACCAAUCAUGCGGGACUUGCAUCAUCCAAGACAAUCAAACUGAGUGAAAUUUUAAUAAACAGUAUGGUAACUCAAGAUAAUGUGGAGCAAACAGCUGAAUUUCUCGCCACAUUGACCAAUGACUCGUCUUCAGUCGAUGACAAUUCAGUAGCCUCUGCCGCUGACAUUCUGGAUAACAUUGUGAACAUUCAAGACACGUCGCCAGAGGUGACAGCGAGUGUUGUCAAGGUGGUCAACAACCUCCUUCAGGUUGAUACCAAGAACUUCAACGACACGUCAAGGGUGGCCAACUCCUCCUCCCGCGUUGUCCAAGCCUUGGAGAGGCAGAUCUCCAACGUCCUCGCGGCAGGAAAGAACGUCAGCGAGAUCACGACCAGCGUCGCUGUCGUGGCAAUGAAUUUCGACCCCGAGUUACUCAGCAACGGGGUCGGGUUUGGGGCUAUUUCUGGGGGAAACGACAGCGAUUCCCUGGCCGAUGACGACAUUGGUGUUUACCAAGGUUCCGAUGUUGAGAUCCCCUUGGAGGAAGUGGAAGCAUCCAUAGAACUCCCUGCAGAGAUACUGAAGAAUCGUCCUCCUGGCAACGCCGUGCCCAUUAGUUUUGUCAUGUAUGACAGCAGCAACCUCUUCCACUCACAACUGAUAGACAACAGUCAGUCCACGGACUCUCCCCGUACCAUCGGCAGUCGAAUCGUAUCUGCCAGUGUGCUGAAUACUGUCAUCAAUGGCCUCCCACCAGAAAGUCCCGUGGUCAACGCCUUCAACCUGCGAGUAAGUCAGGUGACAGGUCCCAAUGAAGACCAAAAUCAAUUGGAGCAAUGUGUCUUCUGGGACUUCAAUCUUCGUGACGGCAUCGGUGAUUGGUCAGCUGAGGGCUGCAGGAAGGGAUCUACUGUCAACGGGCGAACUGUAUGCCUAUGUGACCACGCCACCAACUUCGCUGUCCUUGUGAAUAUUCACGGUCAGAAGUAUGCCAGUUUUGCCUUGGAUGUCAUCAGCAAGCUUGGAUGUAGUGUCUCUAUCGUGGCACUCGUUGUCACCAUCCUCAUAUAUUUGGCCAUAAGGUCGUUGAGAUCAAAGACAGCCAGCCGUAUCCUCAUCAGUUUCUGCUGCUCCUUGCUGCUCCUGUACCUCGUCUUCUUGGCAGGUGUCGAGAAGACCUCCUCCUCCUCCCGCGCUGGAUGCAUCGCUGCAGCUGUCUUGAUGCACUACUUUGCCCUGACCUCCGUGGCAUGGAUGGGCGUGGAGGCUGCUAAUCUGUACCUGAAGUUGGUCAAGAUCUUCAAUGCUGACGUGGAGCACUUCAUGAUCAAGGCGUCCUUUGUAGCCUGGGGAUUCCCUGCACUAGUCAUCACUGUGAUUUUGGCAGUGGAUCAUGAGCAGUACGAUAAUGAACACAGUUGCUUCUUAAAGCCUGGGGCUGCCUUCUACUACGGCCAGCUGCUUAUCAUUGGUAUCAUCCUCCUGUUCAAUGUUGUCGUGUUCUUGCUCGUCCUCCGUAAGCUGACUUGCAGUGCGAGCAAAAUCAAGGACACCUCCGAGAGUAACAGCAAGCGAGCUAAGGUCGUGAGGCGCCUGCAGAACAUGGCCUCAGUCUCUGUCCUACUGGGGCUGACCUGGGUCUUCGGUUUGCUGUCCAUCUUCGAGGCUUCCAGUUCCGCCUUCCAGUGGAUCUUUGCUGUGGUGAACUCCCUCCAAGGCCUGCUCAUCUUUCUGCUGUUUGUCGUUCGCCAGGAGAAGGUCCGAGAACAUGUGAGUAACCUGGUGAGAGGAAAGAAGGAGGGACACCUGAGCAGCAGCCUCCGUACUGGUAUGUAUACGAUUAGCACCAAAGGAGAGGGCAGUUCCGUGCAAGAUCCAUCGACUAGUAAGAGUGUGAGUGAUAACAUGAACAAGUCUAAGAGCGCUAAAAAUGUGAUUAACGCAGCAACAACUUCUAAUGGUAUGAGUGAUGACACGAUCAAGUCUGACAGCGCUUUUGAAAAUGGGAUUUACGAAACAACAUUUUCUAAGAGUGUCAGUGAUAACAUCAGCAACUCUGACAACGCUUAUGAAAAUAAGGAUUACGAAACAGCAACUUCUAAGAGUGCGAGCGAUAACAUGAACAAGUCUGACAGCGGGAAUGAAUAUGAGCUUUGCGAAAUAACAACUUCUAAUAAGUGUGCGAGUGAUGACAUGAACAAGUCUGACAGCCCUAAUGAAUAUGAGGUUUGCGAAAUAGCAACUUCUAAUAAGAGUGUGAGUGAUAGCGUGGACAAGUCUGGCAGCGCUAAUGAAUAUGAAGCUUACGAAACACCAACUUUUAAGAGUGCAAGUGAUGACAUGAACAAGUCUGACAGCGCUUAUGACAAUGCGAUUUACGAAACAAUCUAGGCCUACUUAAUUUCCCCACCAUGAUGUGAUUCUUGACAUUUUGAUUUUUGGACGUGUCGGGUUUCUGGUCGAAACAAAAAUGUCAGGUUUGGGCUAUGAGCAUAUACGCACAGAUCUUCCCAACAAAAUUUGAUUUUGAUAAAGGCCUAUACAACUUUAUACUUUUGCUGACAUUUUAUUAAUUUUACAUGGGUGAGGAGUGUUUGAAAUUAAAGGUUAUCACUUUACAAACUUGUAUAAUCUUUGAAGUACAUGUAGUUGAAUGACGUUUAUAAUGAACGAUUUAUCUAACCAAGAAGAAAAAGUAAGUUUCUGAACAAUAGCGAAGUGAGGUUUCAUUUACUGUUCGGAAAGGUUGUGGUUGGUACAAAUUUUGUAGUACAUUUAUAACCGAAGAACUUGAAUUUAGCUUUGGAAGAAAAUGUUGGGAUAUCGUUUGUUUUAAUGUUUAUUGUAAGGUGUGUUUUUCUCACUGGGAUGCAUUUAAUUGCUUUUUGGGAAAAGUAAACCAGGAAAAGUAAACUGCUUGAUAUUUGUUUGGUAUAAAAACUGAAGUGAUGCUAGUUGAUUGAUACAUUAUUCAAUAUUUAGUUUAAGGCCGUAUAUACUCAGUGUUUAAUCAAAUAUUUUUACUGGAUUUGUGGUGUAUAACGAAAAUUCACAUACGGUCACAUAAUGAUAUCCUUUGUACACAGUUUUAAACAUAAUUGCUGAAGAGAGAUAUACAUAAUACACAGAUGAUUGAGUUUGAUAUUUGGUUGCUAUAAACAGUAGUGCUAGUUCAUUUAUAUAUCAUUUUAUAUUUACUUUAAGGCCGCAUAUACUAAGUAUUUAAUCAAAUAUUUUUACUGGAUUUGUGGUGUAUAACGAAAAUUCACAUACAGUCACAUAAGGCAAAAAAAAAGUCUCCGGGUUCUGGU